AUGGGCCAACGUGUUACGCGAACCGAAUUCGAAUGGGUUAACAACGAACAGUCACACGUCGUCCGGCGUGAGGCCAUGUUGAAGAAAUACCCUCAAAUUAAGAAAUUGUUCGGUAUUGAUCCCAAACUCAAGUACACGGUAUCCGCGCUGGUAUUUGCGCAAUUUUUCAUGUUGCACGUGAUGCAGGAUCAGUCGUGGAAAAUGAUUUUCCUGGUUUCGUAUUUCAUCGGAGCAAUACUCAAUCAUUCGCUGAUGGUGGCCAGUCAUGAAAUUGUGCACAAUUUGGCAUUUGGUCAUGCUAGACCAUUAGCUAAUCGUUACUUUGGGAUGUGGUGUAAUAUACCGAUUGGACUUCCGUUCUCGAUAACGUACAAAAAGUACCAUACUUUGCACCAUAAGUAUUUAUCGCAGGAAGUUCUGGAUCAUGACAUCCCCACAAUAGCAGAAGCCAAGUUGUUUUCAACUACAUUUGGAAAGCUUCUGUACCUUAUCGUGCAACCUACGUUCUUCGUGCUUCGGCCAUUCUACGUCAACCCUAUGCCUAUCUGGAAGCUGGAAAUUGUCAAUGCCGCUGUGCAGUUCGCUUUCGACGCAUUGGUGGUGUCCAUUUUUGGCUGGAAAGCACUAUUCUACCUGUUGAUCUCUUCGUUUUUCGGGUUAAGUCUUCAUCCGGUAGCAGGACAUUUGAUCUCCGAUCACUACAUGUUUAAAAAAGGAUUUGAAACGUACUCAUACUACGGUCCGCUAAACUGGAUUCAUUUCAAUGUGGGUUACCAUAAUGAACAUCAUGAUUUUCCGUCAAUUCCCGGCAGCAGACUGCCUGAAGUGAAGAAAAUUGCACCUGAGUUCUACGAGACUAUACCAUAUCACACGUCGUACAUCCGCGUAUUGUAUAACUUUGUUACAGAUCCGGCCAUUAGUUUGUACGCAAGAGUGAAAAGAAAGCCUUUGGAAAAAGCUGUUGCUUCUUAA